AACAAAGACAUUGAUAUCGCAUGGGUGAAUGUCUUACGGUUGUGUAGUAUGUCACAUGAAACCGUUUCGUAUGUCUUGGUCUCUGUCUGUCUCUCGGCUACACGAACACUCUCCGUAGAGCGACGGAAUGAAUGAGCACUGUCAGUUGAGUUUCUUAGCACACGGCGAAACUUGUGAAAAAAAGUAGAAAAAAAACGAGAGACCGCUUGAAAAAUUGUACAUAAGAAAUUCGCCAAUUGGCAGUAAAUGUGACGAAAUCAUUGGGUUCGCUCGUUCCGUUUCUUUUCGAAUCUGUUGGUGAUUUUCUUUGUCCUCGAACCGUAAGAAAAAAAAAACGCUCUGGCCAAAGAAAAACCAUAAAUAGAAAAAGUCACAUUGUGCCGAGAGAAAGAGAAAGAACACACAUUGAGCAAUCGUUGCGUUUUUUUCAUGUAUCAAGUCGAAGUUAAACGUAUUGCGCGGAGAAUUCGUGUUAUAUAAUCGAAUAGAGUUUUUUUUUUGUUUGUUUGGGAUUUUUGCGAAAAACACUCCGAGUGUGUGGAAGAUAUUAGACAAUUUUUCCAAUAAGAAAAGGAAAAUAAGAAUAGUGCGUGUGCUAACCAGAAAGAAAUGGUUUAAAAAAUUGAUGGUCAUUAACACGUUAACCGUUGCAAGUCAAAAACAAUAACACAAGAAACGCCAGCGACGACAACGACGACGACGACGACGACGAUAAAUUAGCUGAAACAAAAAUCACUAUAAAUCAUUCAUGAGUUGAGCACAACGAUAUUCGAUUCGUGGCACCAACCGAAAGUAUUUCAAAUUGACAAUAUCAAAUCAAGUACACACAUAUCAUGUAUACGGUGAAUCAAGGACCAAGCAAAUUAGUAGCGAAAACACGUACGGGUUUGUCACAAAAUUACGAUAAAAUCGAAACGAUUCGCAAGAUAAAAGUGAAUAAUGCACAGCAAUCGAGUGGGAAAUCGGGUGGUGGCAGUGGCGGUAGCAGCAGCACGGGCCAACUGUCAAACAGUGAUAAUGGCAUGGAUAUAAAUUGUGCGAAGCCGGUAUUUCAACAGUAUCGCCGAUCGAAUUCGAAUCGCAGCAAUAGUUCAUACAAAAAUGGCACCGUACGCAUUGCCUGCUUCAAAGAUGAAGAGCCACAGCCUGUGCCAUCGCCACAGUAUGAGGAAUUGAUUCGAUAUAUACGCGACUCGUGGAAUGUUCUAUCAGUGCCUGAACAAGACGAUGCCACUGAAACACAAACGACAACAGCACCAACAAAAGGAUCAGCAUCACCAUCAUCAUCAUCAUCAUUAUCAUCGUCAUCAUCGACACAUCGAACGAGUUCGGCCAGUUCCAGUGAAUCGAUCCGAAGAAAUGGCCGAAAAAAUGGUUUCAAUGCUAAUAAGAAAGUCAUUUAUCAUAACGAUCCACCAAGUCCGGCUCUCGACGAUUUCGGACCAUUCGAUUUGGAAUCAUGGUGGGGUCGACGACUAUUUAACAACAUCACCAAAAGCCUGUGAACCGAACACUCAAUCGCAUAUCCGGCGCACACGCACACACGCACACAAACACAUCCACAACUAAUUCAUUCAAAUCAAUUCACACCUCAACCAAAAACAAUCAUCAACAAAACGAUAUAUGAUAGUCGGCUGUGCUGCUUUGCACAUCAAAUCUGCCUUAAAUUAUAAUACGUACGUUCAAAAUGAAAUAAUCUUGAUUUGCAUACAACUAAACUAAAUUUGUUUGUUCGUUUUUAUUUUCUCGCUCUUUCGAUUGUAAUAUGGAUUUUAUUUUUUUGUAAAUAUAUAUAAUAAUAUAUAUAUUCAAAUUGAAAAUAAUAAACGAAGAAAAAAAUAAAUAAAACAAGGAUAUAUACGAAUGGAAAAGAAUGAAAACAGAUGAUUAUGAAUUGAAUUCAAAGUGAAUCGAAUCAGCGAAGUAUCUGGGUGGAAAAUAUCUGAUGACAUGACACAGCACAAUUUAUAAUCGCUGAAUGACAGCAACUGAUUAGAUUAAUGCAUGAUGUGUACGUUGAAAAAUAAAGCAAUUUCACUGUUUAA